CUGUCGUUUAUUCCUAUCUUUUUUUUCAGCGUUACUCCAGGCUUCGCCUGUUUUAGCAACUCUGAACGAAGAAAAUGUGCAGGAAGCGAAGCUUAUGAGGAUGUUGUACAGAAGCUCGUGGAUCCGAUCACAGAGGCUAAAGACCUAUUUCUGAAUCCAUGGACUACAUUUGAAAUGAGCAUUAUUGCGGCAAAGGUGAGGCCGGAGUGCCGCACUGUUCAAAAUAAAGCGCUCUUCAGCGAAGUCUGGUGUAGUAUUCAGACCAUCGGUGUUGAUAUCCUUAUUCAGCGGAUGGCAAAACGUACGCCUCUCUUGGACUCACCCACCUACGGGGCAGAAUAUGUUGAGAUUUCCAUUCCGGGAGCAGUGCUCAAUGCCAGGCUGGAGGAGGCUCUGUUGCAGAAAACCUCCUAUUGGAAACAGGUCGUGCGGCUUGCUGAACUCAAUAUUCAAAAUAUCAGCUCCAUCAUUGAGGCACACAAACUUUCUAUUCCCAAGGUAGAAUUAAGUGCCUGGAAGUCUAGGACUCUUAAGAACACUGGAAGACUUCUCCAAAAGGCAGUUCUUCAGCGCAGAGUGGAGCACUGUCAAUGGCUUUCAUAUUUCUUCUGA